CUUUGUAAGUUUUCUUUAGCAAAGAUUUGACCAUAUCUGAUUUUUCUCUCUCUCUUCAUAUUCUUCAGAGACCCGUGAUUUCAAGUCCUUUGAUAUUUUUUUUGUUGGCUUGUUUGGACAGAGAGAAAGGAAAGAUCUAAACUUGCAGAGAUCUGGCAAUUUCUAGUUGCAGAUGUAAGAAAUGGGGAAGAAAGGCAGUUGGCUUUCUGCGGUUAAGAAAGUCCUGAGUCCUGAUCCCAAGGAGAAGAAAGAUAAGAAAACUCCUAAAUCAAAGAGAAAAUGGUUUGGGAAACGCAAGAGCUUGGAUCUGGAUUCUGCACCUGCAGAAACUGCCACGGCCAUCCCUUCUCCUCCUCCCAUCGAGGAGGUGAAAUUAGCAGAAGCUGAGAAUGAGCGGAGCAAGCGUACGUAUUCUAAUGCAGAAGCCGAGAAUGAGCAGAGCAAGCAUGCAUAUUCUGUUGCAGAAGCAGAGAAUGAGCAGAGCAAGCAUGCAUAUUCUGUUGCACUGGCCACUGCCGUGGCUGCGGAGGCAGCAGUUGCAGCCGCUCAGGCUGCUGCGGAGGUUGUUCGGCUCACAUCCACUGCUCAUUACUCCGGUAAAUCAAAGGAGGAAGUAGCAGCAAUCAUGAUUCAAACGGCAUUCCGUGGAUACUUGGCAAGGAGAGCAUUGCGGGCUUUGAGAGGACUGGUGAGGUUGAAAUCUAUGCUACAAGGGCAUUCUGUCAAGCGUCAGGCAACAACCACCUUACGAUGCAUGCAGACUCUGGCUCGUGUGCAAUCUCAGAUCCGUGCAAGGAGGAUCAGAAUGACGGAGGAGAACCAAGCUCUCCAGAGACAGCUACAACAGAAGCAUGAGAAAGAGUUUGAGAAGUUGCGAAUUUCUAGUGGCGAAAAUUGGGACGAUAGUAGCAAAUCCAAGGAGCAAAUUGAAGCAAAGCUACAGAGCAAGCAGGAGGCUGCUAUAAGAAGGGAAAGAGCAUUGGCUUAUGCAUACUCCCACCAGCAAACGUGGAAGAACAAUUCAAAAUCUGCUAAUCCGACAUUCAUGGAUCCGGUCAAUCCCCACUGGGGAUGGAGCUGGUUAGAGAGAUGGAUGGCAGCCCGGCCAUGGGAAAAUAGAAGCACAGUCGACAAAGAACUUAACAGUGACCAUGCCUCUAUAAAAAGCGCAACCAGCCGUGCCAUUUCUGUUGGAGAAAUCACAAAAUCUUAUUCUCGUCGCGAUCUCAACCUUGACAACAAGCCUUCUCCAACUGGCCAAAAACAGAGCCGUCCUCCCAGCCGCCAAUCACCUUCGACUCCCACUUCCAAGGUUCCGACACCAUCACCAGUAUCAGGAAAAAUGAGGCCAGCAAGUUCAAAGGUGAGUGUGUGUGGCACGGAUGACGACUCGAGGAGCAUGCUAAGUGCCCAGUCGGAGAGGUACAGGAGGCACAGCAUUGCAGGGUCAUCAGUGAGGGACGACGAGAGCCUUGCAAGCUCACCUGCAUUUCCAAGUUACAUGGCACCCACAAAGUCAGCAAAAGCCAAGUCCCGGUUGUCGAGCCCAUCGGGAUUCGAAAAUAACGGGACGCCAGAGAAGGAUUCGACAGUUUCUGCAAAGAAGCGGCUCUCAUUCCCGUCUUCCCCAGCUUGGCCACGCAGGCACUCUGGUCCCCCGAAGAUGGAAACAAACCCCGUUAAGGAUGUUAGUGCGCUCAAGGAAGAGAAAGUUGACAAUGGAGGGACUAGUUAGUGCAGGAACUGCCAAUAGAAGUGUACAAGUUUAGAUAGAUGCAAAUGAAGAGGAGUGAAUUAAAGGCACUGACACUUGAUUCGUUCUUCUUCAACCACUGCUAGCUCUUGUUACAGGUGCAAAUGGAAUAUUAAUAAUUGAUGGGUUAUUUGUUAUUUACUUCAAUCUUUGUGUUCUCUUCUUUUUCUUCAAACACUUGUAUUGUUAGAAAAGUCAAUUGUUAUGUAUUAGGGACUGGUUUGGGAAUGAAAUUAGUUUAUGUAACAGAUAAAUUUCUGUCCA